AGAGAGGGUUCAGACAUCAGAAACACACACGCACGUACAUAGUGGGACGUCGAGUGGAAGAACUUGGGUUCAUUUACGCUGUUGCAGAGGAAGCAUUCACAAACAGGAGAAGUACACCUUAUUCCUUCAUAACAGUAAUGGUUAAAGAAGCGAGAAUGGGGUGUCCUGUGUGGAUGUUGGCUUUGGCUAUGCUGUGUGCAAGUGGCUCCGAGGUUAGAGCCCAGUGCUGGGAGAACAUUGGCUGCAGAGAUCUGAGCUCUGACAGAAAUAUCCUGGAAUGCAUCAAGUUGUGCAGAUCUGAGCUUACAGAAGAGUCUCCUAUCUACCCUGGAGAUGGUCACCUCCAGCCCCUCUUGCUCAUGCCCAAUGAAAUCCCUGCUGCCACACUUUCCACCCCACAAGAGGAUGAAGCUCCAGAGUCUGGUCCACAACAUGAAGACAAGCGCUCCUACUCCAUGGAACACUUCCGAUGGGGUAAGCCUGUGGGUCGCAAACGCCGGCCCAUUAAGGUGUACGCCAAUGGGGUGGAGGAAGAGUCAGCCGAGGCCCUGCCGGCAGAGAUGAGGCGCGAGUUAGGUGCUGUUGAGGACAGCACCGUCAGCCAGCAAGAGAAGAAAGAUGGUUCCUAUAAGAUGAAUCACUUUCGCUGGAGUGGCCCACCCACCAGCAAACGCUACGGAGGUUUCAUGAAGUCUUGGGAUGAGCGCAGCCAAAAGCCACUGCUCACACUUUUCAAGAACAUCAUCAACAAAGACGGACACCAGAAGAAGGACCACUGAAGAACUGUUAAUUAACAUUAACAAUUAACAUUCAUUAUGUAGAACGAUAUUUAUUUGUUCUUAUUUCCCCCCGAUAAACUCAUAUUCUACUACUGUACACAGUAAAAGUUAGAUUAAGAUGAAACUUAAAAGACUUUGUUAACUAAUAGUACUUUGUUCUUGUAGCCAGCAGUACAUUCAUCAUAUAAUCUACAAUAACUGCACACUAGAAGUAAUAUGUUGAUUAAAUAUUGAUUAGAGGCUGAUGGUCAAACCACUUUUAUUUAUUAAAAUGUACUAUACUGUAAAAUAUGAAAAUGUUAACUAUAAAAAAAAUUGUAUUUCAAGCAGUAAAUGUCAAGGUGAUUAUUUUGAAUGGAAACCCACUUAUGCCAUUAAAAAUAUAAGCACACAA